AUGAGCACAAGAGGUACUCGUGGAAGGGGUACACGAGGCCACAGUAGAGGCCGAGGAAGCGCUAGGGCUGGGUCUUCAGCGUCGAGCCACAUGCCUGCUAGGGAGACGCCAACAUCACCAGUGACUAAUACGGGGUCUCAUAAUCGAGUUGUAGGGGAUGAUGCUUUAUCCCAAGUGAUGCUUCGUGUUCUAGAGAGGGUUGCUAGAGUGAGUACUGGAUCAGUGGGCCGGAGGGGUGUUUCUAGUGUAGCCCCAAAUGUGGCAGAGUACUGGUUAGAGGCCACUGAGCGGAUAAUGGACGACCUUGAUUGCACUGUGGAGCAAAAAUUAAAAGGAAUAGUGUCUUUACUGCGAGAUGGGGCCGACCAAUGGUGGCUCACCGUGAGAGAUGGUAGACAGGUCGACCGUUUGACUUGGGACUUCUUUAAGGCAGCCUUUCAAUGGAAAUACAUUGGGGCAAGUUAUGUGGACGCCCGAAGGAAGGAAUUUCUGAAUCUGACCCAACGGAACAAGAUUGUGGCAGAGUACGGGGCAGAGUUUCUGCGGCUGAGUCGAUAUGCCCGUGGUAUUGUCGCAAUUGAGCCUGUAAAGAAGGCCAGAUUUGAGGGGUCAGAUCGCAAACUUGCACGGAUUGUAAGAGGUCUCAUCGGGCCAGUAAGAGGUGGUCAGCAGCCACCGAGAGGCCGUGGUCAAGCCAGGGGUGGAAGAAAUAAUAGACGUGGUCGUAGAGCAUUGGGUGGAGGUGCUGGUAAUACUGAGGUGAGGCUGCCAGCUCUGGUCUAUGCUACUUGUCACCGAGAGAAUGGUGACGCCCCUAACGUUAUAGCUGGGGUAGAAAAGUUGGUUCGCAAGGGUCGCGAGGCGUUUCUAGCGUAUAUGAGCAUUUCUGAUUCUGAAGGUCCUUCAGUGGGAGAUGUUAGAACUAUCAAGGAAUUUCUGGAUGUAUUUCCUGAUGAGCUUCCUGCGUUUCCUCUGAACCAUGAAGUCGAAUUCAGAAUUGAGCUACUGCCUGGAACAGCUCCGGGAGCACCGGUGUUGUUUGUAAAGAAAAAGGAUGGGACUAUGCGCAUGUACAUCGACUACUGCCAGUUAAACAAGCUAAAGAUCAAGAACAUGUACCCCCUUCAAGGGAUUGAUAAUCUUUUUGAUCAACUUAAAGGAGCUUCAGUUUUCUCCAAGAUCGACCUCCUCACUAGGUACCAUCAGCUAAGGGUUAAUGAGGCGGAUGUGUACAAGACAGAAUUUAGGACUCGGUAUGGACACUACAAGUUCCUAGUAAUGCCGUUUGCACUUACGAAUGCACCAGUGGCCUUUAUGAACCUCAUGAAUCGAGUGUUCCAACCCUCUCUAGACCGGUUCGUAGCUAUCUUUAUAGAUGAUAUUCUGUAUAUUCGAGAACCAAGGAGGAUCAUGAUGUGCAUCUUCAAACUAAGCAGCUAUAUGCAAAGUUCAGCAAGUAUGAGUUCUGGCUGCGAGAAGUGA